AUGUGCUCCCAAUACUUCUACAAGUACGACUGCGGCUGCACUGUCCCCGAGGGUGAUGUCGUCUACUGCGCAAAACGGGGCACCUCUUGCACCGGCGUGAGACAGCAGAUCCGGCGACGAGAGGGCUACAACUGCCCUACCCACGGUGGCUAG